AUGGAGUCUACGGGCGUGGCUAUUCAAAUGCAGGGCGGUGUGCCCCCACCCAAUGUCCAGGGUUUGCCUCCGGGCCUUCAGUAUUUGGCGGGACUUACUGAGAUAAAUAUUCACCAGCAUUUAGACAUGCUAGAAGAUACUGACUGCUGUACCAGACAGCUGUGUGGACCUGCCAGGCCUUUCAAUAUGAACAUCACCGACAACAACUUCCAGCCUCUGAUCUCGCUGUACCGGCCACUUAGAUGUCAGGCAAGCUUCUUGUGGUGCUGCUAUCUACAGGAGAUGGACAUCAUGUCACCUCCGGGCCUUUCCGUUGGCGGGCUUAAACAAAUAUGGACGCCAUGGAAACCAAAGUUCCAAGUUCAUGAUGCGCAGCAGACGCCACUGUUCCAGAUCGAUGGAGAAUGCUGUUUCUGUUGCCCAUGUACUGACAUCAUGUUUACGAUCACUGACAUAUCCAAAGGCCAGCAGAUUGGUGAGAUUGUAAAACACUGGGGAGGAUGUCGAGAAAUCUUCGGGGGUGUCAACGAUUUCAAGGUCACUUUCCCCGGGGAUUUGGAUGUUAUGAGCAAAGCUUUGUUGUUGGGAGCGACCUUCCUGAUUGACUUCAACUACUUUGAGCCGAAAAAGAACUAAAGCAGUGGAGUUAGCUCCCCUGUCAACUUACAUGCGAGAUAGAACUUGUUGAAAUGAUGAAAUUUUGAUAAAAAGAGGCCAAUGCAUUUCUGGCAUGUCUGCUUUAGCCCUCACCUGAGACGAACAGCACCAACGUGGAGAUGUUUUGUUGAGAAGAUAACUAGUAUGGAAGACUUACAGACACCACAAACAAACCUCUGUUUUAUAACCGUUUUAUUGUAAAUGACAUUUUAGAAGAAAACAAAAAUAUGGAAAUUUUUAAUACUAUACACAAAGAUUAUUUUAGCUGUGAAUUCCUUCUCUUUCACAGACUUUCUGAUCAGCACUCGGACUUAUUCAGAAUCAUCUGUUUUUAUCUGUGUUUUAUAUACAAACAGAUCGCUGAACCUACUGAACUCUACAGGCUUAAUAGUUCUACACUAUUCCUGUCACAGUAGAAAAUAUUUACAUUGACCAUCAACUUAUACAUGCAGUCAUUUUUAAAGCAGAAUGUUGACAUUUUAUACAGUUUUAGAAUGUGUCAUAACAACAUCUUCAAAUAAAUGAAGAGUCACAUUUGAAUUUCAGGAAGAUGUUUUUUUUAUUAUUAUUUGAUUUUGAAGUGACAAAUAUAUCAAAAAAUAUAACUUUCAUGGAAUAUAUAAGCACUCUACAGUAUAGUUUGUGACCUCUGAACUUUGCUAACUCAUUCACCCCUGAAGUUUCAUAAUGAACUUUUCCAAUCUUUGAAUUUGAAGAGUUCAAAUUAAAUAUGUCUUCAGGGGUGAAUGAGUUAAAGACACAAUUGACUUUACCAUGGCCUACAAAUUGUCACAAUUGUAAAUCGUUGCCUUGAUUCACAUAAAGCCAAAUUGUCUGACACAUUUCAUCAUAUUUUAACCAUUAUUGUGUUGUAUUGAUUUGUACAUGAUGUUUGCCUUUUAUCAAUUAAUUUCUUUUAAGAUAGAUAUAUUUAUACAAGACUUUAUCAUGAGACAUUGCAUCUUUAAGAUAAAUGUGCCGCCAUUUUUAUAGUUUUCAUCGCAGCAAGAAGUCAUGACCAUACGCAAGUUUAGCAUUCAGUAGAUAUGAUAUUAACGUAGACUUAUUCUUGUACAUAAAUUUUGAUGUUAGAUUCUAUAUUUUUGUUGAGGUGGACAUGGUCAUAUGGACCUGAGAAACUGAUAUUGACCGAAGCCAAUGGUUAUAUCCACAUAUUCACCGGGAUAGAGGUUCUUCGUUGUUAUAUAAGAUACUUUAAUGUUUUAAUUAUUAGAUGGAACAUA